AUCUUCACAAAAGAAUCGCUUUACCGCUCUGACACUCGUCGGUCCAAAUCCAAGAUGGCUUAUGUUGGGAAUCAUGUUGCCUUGCUGGUUUCUCUCUAUGUGGAUGAGCAACACCGCAACCACCGCCAUGAUGGUGCCCAUCCUUAACGCCAUUCUCCACGUCAUGAAGGAAUCCAUGACAGAUGAACCCGCCGAGGAGACUGAGCUUGUAGAGCAGGGGGUUAAUAAAAGCAUAGAGAAUGGAGACGUUGUACAUGUAGAAACUCUGGAGGGAGAGGAAGUCAGUAUCAAGCCCCGGGAGAGGGACGCAGACAGCAGGGAUAUAGAUCUCGAAUCUAGCGCUCCAAACUUUUCACCAAAUGACAAAUUCAUCCGUCUCACCAAGACGUUUGCCCUCUGUACAGCUUUUGCCGCCAAUACUGGAGGAAUGGCAACACUGACAGGGACUCCGCCCAAUAUAAUCCUCAAAACUAUAGCAGACGACAUCUAUCAGAAAAGAGGCAUACCUGACUCUGGCAUCUCCUUCGCCAGUUGGUUGAUCGUGGGCUUCCCUCUGUCUCUCAUUUGUCUGAUCAUAUCAUGGAUCUGGCUGCAAGUCUUCUAUGCUGGUACAAGAUGCAUAAAAAAUGAAUCAGAUUCCUAUGAAAGUGUUAGGGUAUAUUUAAGGAAAGCUUACAAAAGACUAGGGCCAAUGACAUUUCAGGAGAUUGUUGUGUUGGUUGUGUUCAUCGUCCUAGCCUUGCUGUGGAUGACGCGGCAGCCACAGGUCGUACCGGGAUGGGGAGCGCUCUUUGAAUCAGGGUACACUGGGGAUAGCAUCCCUGCAGUAUUCGUUGCAGCUUUCCUAUUUGCUUUUCCAUCCCAUAUUCCGUGGAUGAAAAAAGAGACGAGAAGAGAUGAAGAGGAAGGCACAACUGUUGAGGAUAUCUCUGACGAGGAAAAAUGGAAGUUCCAGCCUCUGUUGGACUGGGAGACGGUGAAUCAAAAGAUUCCGUGGGGUGUUCUAUUACUGAUGGGCGGAGGGUUCGCAGUGGCCGCGGCCUGCGAGUCUUCUGGCUUGUCAGAGUGGGUUAGUGACCAGUUGGCUAUUGUAAUGAAGAGCCUAUCAACGUAUACGGCAGCGCUUCUUCUCUCGAUCAUGGUGGCUUUAGCGACCAAUGUGACGAGUAACUCUGCCACGGCCACUCUCUUCCUUCCAAUCGUCGGUGAGCUGGCAAUUGAAUUGGGAGUGCAUCCACUUUCCUUCAUGAUUCCUGUAGCGAUCUCAUGCUCUUUUGCAUUUAUGUUACCUGUGGGGACCCCUCCUAACGCCAUUGUAUUUUCUACAGGUUACCUGAAGGUCAAAGAUAUGGUGAUUGCCGGUUCAUUCAUAAAUUUAGUCACAGUGAUGGUUUUGAUUCUGGCAAUGGUGCUGUGGGUUACACCAUUUUACAAUUUAAACGAGUUUCCAGCAGGGUUUUUGACGGCAAAAAUGAAUGGAACAGGCUUUGAUGGGAUCAACAUUACAUUAUUUAACGCAACAAAUAUUGUGUCAUACAAUUCCACAUCGUUAUAGAUUUUGUUAAUAACCAAAACGUGUUCAAAAACAUUGUACGUAUAUACGUCAGUAUUUGGUGCAUAUAUGUUGUAACAAACCAAGACUCUAUUAAUUCAACGGUCAUUUGCCAAAAUUCUAAUUAGUACAUUAUGCAAAAUUUGACCGUUGUUAUUGAGUGAAGAGUAUUAAAUUUUUGCUUAACUUUAAUUUUAGGUGGUUUGCUUAUGUUUCAAUAUACGUUGAAUAAAAUUUCUAUUUAUUAUAAAUUGAUUAUAACCAGCUCUGGUCAUAAUCUGAACAAGUUAAGCCCGUUGAUAUACAAUAUUUGAUUCAUACGAAAUGUGACUGGAAGAUAUCUAAAAGAUGGAAUUAGUUUAUUUUACUAAAUGUAAUUUAACAGAUAUGCUUUAAAUGCUUUAUUUUAAUCUACAUACAUAUUCUUCAAAUGUUGAUGGUUUUUACAUGUACUUAAAAUAGAGGAAUAAUAAAUUCAUUUAUCAAUAAAGUCAGCUUUCUAACUUUGAAAUCCGAUUGCUGACAGAAUUAUUUUUGUAAGUUACUUAAAUCCUCCACAUUUAUUUUUAUACAUGACAUUUUUGUUCUGUGUCUUUCAUAAAGUAAACAUAUCUUCACAACCAGUAUCCAGACUUCACAUUAUGUUAAUAGUCAUGCUGGGUCUAUGAAGAAUGGUUACAUCAUCCAAUAAGUGUGUUAUAUUAUAUGUUAAUCCUUGCCAUUAUAAAUAUGUUUGUUAUUUAUUAUAGUUUUAUUUUUAAUAUAUCAUUCCUUUUUCUUCACACAUAAUUUAACAUUUUUGUAGCAUAAUAUUCAUUUUUUAACUGUAUAUGGUUGAUAUGUAAUUUACAUGCCAGAUCACAUAUAAUUGUGAAACAAUGAACAAAAGAUAUGACCUUCCGCAAGAAAAAUGAUCAUGUGUACUUAUUAAAUUGUUAAAGGUGUAGAAUAAUGUAGGAGGCAUUGCUGACUAAGGUAAAGGGUGUUCAUUGAAUAUCUUUAAUGCACUCAGAGAGUAGAGAGCAUUUUUCGCUUUUUGUCCUUUUUUUUUUAUUUUUCAACAGUGCGUAUAAUGCUUUUUAUUUUAAAUUUGAAUUCAAUGAACUCGACGAAU